ACUCACCUCAUCAAAUUAAUAUCAGUACUUACUUUUUGUCCCUCAUCUUCCUCUUAUUAUGGAGUCGGUGAAAAAGAUGGUAGCAGAAAAGCCAGUGGUGAUGUUCAGCAAAAGCAAGUGUUGCAUGUGUCACAUUAUAAAGACACUAAUAUCAAGUUUUGGUGCUAACUUAUCUGUAUAUGAAUUAGAUGAACUUUCCAAUGGCCUACAAUUGGAAAAGGCACUGUUGGCAUCAGGGAGAAGGCCUAGUGUACCAGCAGUUUUCAUUGGACAAGAAUUAAUUGGUGGUGCCAAUGAGAUCAUGAGCCUCCAUUUAGAGGGAAGGCUUAUUCCUUUGCUCAAGAAAGCUAAAGCUAUUUGGUUAUAGUAACAUUCAUACUAUGUAUAACUACACUCCUUUUUCUUUUUUUAGACAUCUGGUAUUCGAAAUCUACUGAAACGAUUAAUUCGGGUUCACCUUCUAAUAUGCCAGUAAAAGUUAUGAACAAGAAGGUGAAUAGUAGUGGCUAGUAGUUUGGUUUGAUGAUAGCAAUGUUUAUGGACUUGAAUAUAGUCAUUUGAGCAUCUUUUA